CCGAGGCCCCGCACAGUGGAUCGGUCUUUCCGGGGUUCAAGCAGCAAGCCUGGCGUACUUGUGGAGAGUCGAGGACCACCGGUGAUAAACUGUUAGUAUAUCUAUGCAACAUUUGCACAAACAGCAGGCACGGUGCCUUUGCUGAAAACGUGAAGAACGAUACGACGCUAAGGAUUUCAGUGAACUACACGAACGGCUAACAGUUUACAGCUAAAUAGUUAGCCACAGCCGCAGACAGGUAUGUCUGAAGUUAGUCUUGAGGCUGAGUCGGGGAAGACCUCAGCCGAGGACCCUCAGAUGGAUUGUGAGGAGGCUGACAAAGCAGAGGACAGUUUGAGUGAGGAUUUACAGGAGGAGAGUGUAGACCUUAAUAGGGGAGGAGAUGACAAAGCUGAUGUCCUGUACGACAUCGAUAUUGACAGUGACGGAGAAAAGGCAGAAGCCAGUGAUAAGGAUGUUGAGGAGGAGGAGGACGAGGGUAUUCAGAGUAAGAAUGUGGUGUCUGGCAGUGUAGACAAUGGGGAACGCGAGGCAGAACACCAUGUUGAAACAGCUGAAACGCCAGAGGAAAGUGAAGACUCUCACACUGAAACAAAGGAGAGCACAAUGGCUGAGGACUCCCAUAGAAGCUCAGCUGCUGAGAUCCCAGUCACCAGCAAUGGAGACCUGGAUCAGAGCCCUGAGACAGUGUUCCAAAGGGACUCCUAUCCUGGCGGCCCUGGAGCCCUAAACCUUUCAGAGUCUUGUGUCUCCAGCAACUUUGCUUCAACAACAGAGGGCAUCAUUGAAUCAGGACCAUACAAAGGGUCAGCAAGCCUGCCCACGUCUCCCGUGGCACCUGUAGCUCCCAGCUCAGCUGUUGCUAGCCGCCUGGCACGCUCCAACAGCGAUAGUCAGGCUGAGACAGGCACGAUGAAAGCUCAGCCAAAGAGUGGAGCGGUGGUCCUUUCAGAUGACUUAAAGAACCCAGCCAUGGAAAAACUGGACCUAGUGAGAAAGUGGAGCAUCAACACAUAUAAAUGCACCAGGCAGAUCUUGUCAGAGAAGCUGGGUAGAGGCUCGAGGACCGUGGACCUGGAGCUGGAGGCCCAAAUCGAAGUGCUUCGCGACAAUAAGAGGAAGUACCAGAACGUGAUCAGGCUGGCUCAGACGCUGGCCGGUCAGCUGUCCCAGAUAAUGCAGACGCAGAGGCAGCUGGGCGACGCCUUCGCCGACCUCAGCCUCAAGUCACCAGAGCUCCAUGAGGAGUUUAGCUACAACGCUGACACCCAAAGGCUUUUGUCCAAAAAUGGAGAGACGCUGUUGGGUGCCAUCAACUUCUUCAUCGCUAGCGUGAACACGCUUGUGGACAAAACAAUCGAAGACACCAUGAUUAAUAUCAAGCAGUAUGAAAUCGCCAGGGUGGAGUAUGAUGCAUACCGUACCGAUUUGGAAGAGCUGAAUCUGGGGCCACGCGACGCCAACACCAUGCCGAAGAUUGAACAGUCCCAGCAGCAGUUUCAGAUCCACCGUGAGAAGUAUGAGAGGAUGCGAAACGACGUUUCAGUCAAGCUGAAGUUCCUGGAAGAGAACAAGGUAAAGGUAUUGCAUAACCAGCUCAUCCUGUUCCACAAUGCCAUAGCUGCAUACUAUGCUGGAAACCAACAGCAGCUGGAACAGACACUCAAGCAGUUCCACAUCAAGUUGAAAAUGCCUGGCGGAGACAGUCCAUCUUGGCUGGAAGAGCACUAAUCACUCCUGAAAUCUCGUCGGCUCAGUUCGAGGAGAAAUUCGGCGGAAACUACAGGAACCUCCUUUCCCUCUUUAACUCUACUGUCACUGCUUUUCAAACUUUCAGAACUGUAAGUCUUUUAACAAAAGAAAGGAAAAAAAAACAAACAAACUCCAACAUUCCGUUUUUCUUUUGGUGUUGAAUCAUUUUUCAUCUGUGUAGUUAUUUCAAAUCAUAGGAAAAGCACUUUCAUGCUGUUUGACAGGCCAGUUGAACAGGAGUUGCUGCAGUAAAUACAUCUGGAAACUCUAAAUGGCCUUUUUGUAUUCCAGCAUACGAAUGUUACAUCCCAGCACAGUGGACAUGUUGGCUUUGUAAGGGCAGCUAUGGGACCCAAAAGGCUGCCAUUUUACUCAAAUUGUUUAUCAGGUGACUGGGAUGAAUUCUUUGCAAAAGUCUAAUCAGGAAGCUUCUUUUUCGACAUAAAUUCUUUUCUAAUUUCAUAUAAUAUCCGUAUGAUAAAUGGUGCAAAGUUGCGUUUAGAUUUCUAGGUCGUGCAAAAUUGGUCAUUUUUACCAGCAAUGAUUAAGAUGCCAGUUUGACAUUUUGGGAAAUAUACUUUGUUAUUCGCUUUCUUACUAAGAUUUAAGCGAGAUGAUCUAUACUGCUCUGUCUGUCCGUUGUGUAUAAGGCUACAGCUAGCAGCUUUGCUUAGCUUAGCUUAGCUUAGCUUAGCUUAGCAUAAAGAUUGGAAACAGGGAGAAAGAGGUGGUGUGACUCUGUCCACCGUUUAAAAAAUAUCUGCCUACCAACACCUCUAAAGCUCGCUAAUACAAAAGCCAAAGUGUACGAAAUCAAGUUGUGGUUUAACGGAGGGUUACAUGCCUUUGGGCAGAGCCAGGCCGACCUCUUCCUCCCGAUUCCUGACUGAGCUUCUGCUACCAGCUUCGACUUCAUCGACCAGACAGAUAUGAGAGAGGUGUCCAUUUUCUUCUCCAAGUUUGCAAAAACCAAAGUGUUUCCCCCCCAAAAAACACUCCUUUUCAAGAAAUGUUUGAAAACUCGUAUUUUUGACUCCCUGCAUGCUGUGACGCAUUUAUGUUGACAUAAUGCUACUUUUAUUCGACAUUACCCUCCAUUCCUCGAUUGUGUCUCCACUGGGAGUGUACGACUGAAUGGAUGAGAGUGUCGAAUCUCUUAUAUUCCAGAGAAAAUGAAGGACCAGCCUUAUGUGACUAAUUGUGCCUUGAUUUCUUGAAUUUGUUCUUCUCUUCUCCUCUGUGCUAUCUCGUCUUGUUACCGAAAACAGGCGCUCUCACUACUAGGCUUUCAAGGGCCCACUCUUGAUUGAAGAGAAAGGACCAAACAAAUGCACAAACACCCGUGGAAGAAGUACAGAUAGACCCUGUACGACUUUACGUGCUAAAACACACCACAAAAUGAUUACUGCGUUAAAAAAGAAAGAAGAAGAAACGACUUCAUUAACUUCAGAAAGUCUAAAUCUAUUUGAAGACAUGCUGUUCUCAAAGAUAUUUAUCCGUAUUGCACAUAUGCACAUUUAUGCAUUUGAGACUAAUUACAAAAAAACUUGUAAGAAUUGUAUGAUAUGUAAGGUGUAAACCAAAAUACAAUUAACUUGAGAAAUGUUGUCUUUUGUAAAUUUGAAAGACCAGCAUCCUUUGCCUGGGCUGCUAACAGUUUCCUUUAUUGGGUUACACAAAAGUAUAUUUUUCAAAGGGGACUUCUGCAGGCUGGUAAUGAUAAUCAGCUGUCGUGUCCUCACUUUGUGGAUUUGUACUUUUCCUAUGGCUCACUAUAGCAGUUUGAGAGUGUGAAUCUUGUACAACAAUCUAUUGUUUCCUUGAAAUAGAUGGAUAUAUAUUUGUAAUCUCUAUUUUACCUUUAGUAUGACCAAUGCUGCCAUUCGGCUUUGUUUUCCUGAAGACCUACAGAAUGAUGCGCUGGUACUGCAGUGUACUAGUAGGUGUCUACCUUUAUAAUAAAUGAAACAUUAACAAAUGUUGAGUUAAAAGGAUUCUGAAUGUUGUGUAACCUCUUUGGGAAAAUAAAAACUUCUUUUCCAUA